UCCCUCCUCUUCCCACGCCCCAGUGCGCUGUGGGAUAGUGGCAGUAUAUCCUUUCCUCGGAGAGAGAUAAGAAGCCGAGGCAGGAGAGGGGAUGAAGAUGGCGGACGCCAAGCAGAAGAGGAACGAACAGUUGAAACGAUGGCUGGGCUCGGAGACGGACUUGGAGCCGCCCCUACUGAAAAAGAAGAAGACGAAGGUGAAGUUCGACGAGGGCGCCGUCUUUUUGGCUGCCUGUUCGAGUGGCGACACCGAAGAGGUGCUCAGGAUGCUGGACCGGGGAGCUGACAUCAACUACGCAAAUGUGGACGGUCUUACAGCUCUACAUCAGGCCUGCAUAGACGAUAACGUGGACAUGGUGACCUUCCUGGUGGAGCACGGGGCCGGCGUCAACCAGCCGGACAACGAGGGCUGGAUCCCGCUGCACGCCGCCGCCUCCUGCGGCUACAUGGACAUCGCCCAGUAUCUGAUCGGCCAGGGGGCGCACGUGGGCGUGGUCAACAGCGAGGGGGAGACGCCGCUGGACAUCGCCGAGGAGGAGGCCAUGGAGGAGCUGCUGCAGAACGAGAUCAACCGCCAAGGCGUGGACAUCGAGGCGGCCCGUAAGGAGGAGGAGCGCAUCAUGCUGCGGGACGCCAGGCAGUGGCUGAACAGCGGCCAGAUCAACGACGUGCGGCACGCCAAGUCCGGCGGGACAGCGCUGCACGUCGCCGCCGCCAAGGGCUACGCCGAGGUUUUAAAGCUUUUAAUCCAGGCGGGGUACGACGUGAACAUUAAAGACUACGACGGCUGGACCCCCCUGCACGCCGCCGCGCACUGGGGCAAGGAGGAGUCCUGCCGCAUCCUGGUGGACAACCUGUGCGACAUGGACGCCAUCAACAAAGUGGGCCAGACGGCCUUUGAUGUGGCAGAUGAAGAUGUCCUCGGCUACUUGGAAGAGCUGCAAAAGAAGCAGAAUCUGCUCGUGAGCGAGAAGCGCGACGUGAAGAAGUCUCCUCUGAUCGAGACCACCACCACGGCCGACAACAACCAGAUACUCAAACCCCUCAAGAGUGAGGAGACGGUCCUGCUGGUGCCGGAGAAGGUGGCGCCCCGCAUCGAGUCCCUGGAGCAGGAGAAGGCCGACGAAGAGGAGGAAGAGGAGGGCAAAAAGGACGAGUCGAGCUGCUCCAGCGAGGAGGAAGAGGAGGAGGACUCCGAGUCGGAGACCGAAGCAGAGAAGAACAAGCCCACGAGCAGCACGAACAGCACUCCUUCCGCGCCCCCCAGCGUCACCGUGUCCUCCCCGACCACCCCCACCAACCAGGUGACCCCCACCUCGCCUGUCAAGAAGUCUGAUUUUGUUGCUCCGCUCGUGGGCGUGACCGGGCCAAGCGAUCCCGCACUCUGGCGUAAGGGCUUGCGCAAAACCGGCAUUUCUCUUGUGCCCAAAAAACCGAUGCAGGCUCCUCCCAGCGGGAAGGCGUCCUCCAGGGAGGACGACCGGAAGGACGAGUCGCCGUCGUCGUGGCGACUGGGCCUGCGGAAGACGGGCAGCUACGGCGCGCUGGCGGAGAUCUCCGCCGCCAAGGAGGCGCAGAAGGAGAAGGACGUCUCCGGGGUGAUGCGCUCCGCCUCCAGCCCCCGUCUGUCCUCCACGCUGGACAACAAGGACAAGGAGAAGGAGAAGGAGAAGAACACGCGGCUGGCCUAUGUCGCCCCCACCAUCCCUACCCGGAGAUUCGCCAGCACGUCGGACGCGGACGAGAAGGAGAACAGGGACUCUGCUGCUAGCCUGGUGCGCAGCGGCUCCUACACCCGGCGGCGCUGGGACGACGACGCCAAGAACAGCGAGGGGAGCGCCUCCCAGAACAGAGUGCCCAGCUACCAGCGCAGCACGUCCCACUCGCUAGCGAUAGGGCGGAGCAGCAGCGUUCGAGACGUGCCGGCAAAGUCCUCGUCCGCCACCAGCUUGGACCCUAACGCCUGUAACGCUAAGCCGUGGCAAUCGCCCUCGUCCCAGUACAGCAUCUAUAGAAGCAGCUCUUUUGGCAGGAGGGUUGAUGACGCCCUGGGCUCCGGCGUCACCGCCUCCUCCACCACCUCCUCCUCCACCACCACCACCUCCUCCUCCAUUACCUCGCCAUCCGGCCACCGGAGCUUGCUGUCCGGCACCGGUUCUGGCACCGGCACCUCCUCCUCCUCCUCCCGCACCGGCUCCUCCAGCAUCACCAGCAGGUUCUGGACAGAUGACAGUGCGGAGAAGGAGUCUGCUGCAGUUAUUCCUACGGUUGUAAAUACAGCGUCUACCACCACCACUACGUCCAGCACCAGCACUGUCCCCUCCUCUGACGGCAGGGAGAGGCGCAGAUCGUACCUCACUCCCGUCCGGGACGAAGAGUCCGAGUCCCAGAGGAGGGCCCGGUCCAGGCAGGCCAGGCAGUCCAGACGCUCCACUCAGGGCGUGACUCUGACGGACCUCCAGGAGGCCGAGAAGACCAUCGGGCGGAGCCGCCAGACCCGAGCCCGCGAGGAGGAGAAGGAGAAGGAGGAGAAGGAGAAGCAGGACAAGGAGAAGCAGGAGGAGAAGAAGGAGGCGGAGACCAAGGAGGACGACUACAGGUCGCGCUACCGCAGUUAUGAAGAGACGUACCAGCGCUACCGCCCGUCCUCCACCUCCAGCGCCCCCACGCCGGCCUCCUCCGCCUCGCUGUCCUCCUCCGGCAGCUCCCUGUACUCCUCCAGCUCCCCGAACAGGCCCAACAGCCUGAGCGGCAUCACCUCGGCCUACCCCAGCCAGGCCAGGACCUCGCGGGAGACCCAGAAAGAGCUGGAUAAGAAGGAGGAGGAGAAGGAGGGCGAGGACAAGUCCCAGCCCAGGUCCAUACGGGACCGGCGCCGACCGAGGGAGAAGAGGCGCUCCACCGGAGUGUCCUUCUGGACUCAGGACAGCGACGAGAACGACCCGGACCGCCAGUCGGAUUCGGAGGAGGGCAGCAACCGGAGCGAGGCUCAGAGUGACCGCCUGUCGAGGGGCGACUCUGGACUGACUGGCACUUCUACCGAGCGAUACGACCGCGGCUACAGCGAAGGCAGGAGGCCCUAUCUGAGCAGGCUGGACAGGGACGACACCACUGACUACAAAAAGCUUUAUGAACAGAUCCUAGCUGAGAACGAGAAGCUGAAGGCCCAGUUACGCGACUCUGAGCUGGAGCAGUCGGACCUGAAGCUGCAGCUGGAAAAGGCUACGCAGCGGCAGGAGAGGAUCGCUGACCGGUCACAGCUGGAAAUGGAAAAAAGGGAAAGAAGAGCUCUAGAAAGGAAGAUCUCUGAGAUGGAGGAGGAACUAAAGACGCUACCAGACUUGAAAGCGGACAACCAGAGGCUAAAGGACGAGAACGGAGCCCUGAUUCGAGUCAUUAGCAAACUUUCCAAGUAGCCCUGCCCCCCCCCCACACACAUUGCAGCGACCCGUGGCAUUGCACAUUUUUAGACGUUAAUUGCGACAGACAUCAGCUACGAGAAGGCUCCCCCACACGCAUUCACAGUCACCAGUAGCCCUCCCCUGCCCCCUGCCCC